AUGCGGCUGCUUCGUUCUCUGCUUCCUCGUUCACCACGGCCCCAAUUUCGCAUCUCAUACACUCGAAUACCACACGCACAUCCGCGACCGCGACCAUGGCCUUCCACGUCAAGCAGCAGACAGCUCUCCUCACACGACAGCCCUCCCCGCCUAACUCCUGAAGCUGAAGAGCUCCCAGAUACCGCUGCGUUGUCAGAGCAUGACCUUCGCUUCGGUUUCUACGACAUUAUCCUCCCCGAAGAGCCGUACAUGUGGGGCACCUCCCACAUCCUCCCCCGCAACGUCCUGCCGCAAAUCCCCCGACCGCCCUACGUCCCCGACCCGGCCAACCCAGAUGCGAGCGCGGACGCGACGUCAGACACGCGCAGAAAGCUGAUCACCGCCCCGGAGGACGUCGUGCGCUUGAAACGUGCGGCGCGGUUGGCCGCGGAGACGUUGAACUAUGCGGAAACGUUGGUCGAGGCUGGCCGCACGACGGACGCGAUCGACGCGGCGGUGCACGACUUCGUCGUCGCGCGCGGCGCGUACCCGUCCCCGCUGCUGUACAAGGGCUUCCCGAAGGCGUGCUGCACGAGCGUGAACAACGUCAUCGCGCACGGCAUCCCAGACGAUCGCCCACUGCAAGACGGGGAUAUCGUGAACGUUGACGUGACCGUGUACCUAGAUGGAUUCCACGGCGACACGUCGCGCACGUUCCUCGUCGGGGACGUCGACGUGAAGGGCCGUGAUCUGGUGCACACCACGCAGGCCGCGCUCGACGCCGCGAUCGCCGUGUGCGGCCCCGGACAGCCCUUCCGCGAGAUCGCACAGGCGAUCCAGGGCGUCCUCGCACGCGCGCGGGAGGAGUACGCGGUGUCUCCGAUGUUCACCGGGCACGGGAUAGGGAGGGAGUUCCACAGACGGCCGUGGGUGUAUCACACCCUGAACCAGGAGCCAGAAGGGAUGCAGACGGGAGACUGCUUCACCAUCGAGCCGGCCAUCGUCCAGGGGUACGAGACGACCGGGUUCACCUUCCCGGAUGACUGGACUGUAUCUACGGAGAACUGCGCCCGUUCGGCACAGGCGGAGCACAUGGUGUACAUCACCGACAGCGGGGCGGAGGUGCUGACCAGGCUGUAG